AUGGCUCCUCCAACCCAUAUCCCAAAUGAUCUCCCCAAGAUCAAUCGCUUCAUCACAACCCACGACCCAGCCACAAAGCAAGCCGUCUUCUCCAAUGCCAUUCCCGACGAGCACAAAGUCGAUCCCAUUCCAGGAGCAGACUUCCGACUGGGAUACGUCACAAAGGGAUUUCCUGUCGAUCUAAACAACGAUGCCGACCUACAAGUCUACAAACCAUAUCUAGAGAGUUCGCCCGGUCUCGUAGUUUCAGGAGGAACGGUCCUCCGCUUCGUAGACGUGGCACCAGGCCAUUUAUCACCAAUGCACCGAACCGUCUCGCUAGACUACGGUGUCGUGCUGGAAGGCGAGUUCGAGCUAGUGUUGGAUUCUGGAGAGACAAGACACAUGAAGAGAGGAGAUGUUGCGAUCCAGAGGGGCACAAUGCAUGCUUGGAGGAACUUGAGCUCGACGUCUUGGGGACGGAUGAUGUACGUGCUUCAGGAAUGCAAGCCGGUAGAAGUCAAUGGUGAGGUUUUGAAGGAAGAUUAUGGCACAAUGCAGGGUGUGCCGAAGUCGUCGUAG